GAAGCACCGCCCACCCCAGGCGCGCUACCUCUCCAGCUCCUCUAGCGGGGGUGCCUCUGUUCCCGCGGCUGACCAACACUACAUCCUCUCUUUGAUCUCCUGCACCGGGUGGUCCUUGGCUUCUCCUCUAGUCUUUUGCUCUCCUGGCCCCGUACUGUCCCGGCAGUGCCGUCGGCAGGUGAGCAGCGCUGCAGCGCGGCGAUCCGGAAAGCUCACCUUGCACAGACCAGUUGCGGCCAGCGAGAAACUCUGGUCUUUAAAGGAUGAAGAACUCAAUGCUGGAGGCUGCGUCCCUCCUUCUGGAGAAGCUGCUCCUUAUUUCCAACUUCAAGAUCUUUAGCGUGUGCGCCCCGGGAGGAGGCACAGGGAAGAAACAUCCCUAUGAAAUCAACUCUUUUCUCCGGGGUGACGUGUUGGAAGUGUCACGGACCCAUUUUACCCACUAUGGGAUCUACCUGGGGGACAACCGUGUCGCCCAUCUAAUGCCUGACAUCCUGUUGGCCCUGACCAGUGACAAGGAACGCACUCAGAAGGUGGUCUCCAACAAGCGUCUCCUCCCAGGAGUCAUUUGCAAGGUGGCCAGCAUCCGUGUGGACACAGUAGAGGACUUUGCCUAUGGAGCGGACAUCCUCGUCAAUCACCUAGACGAGACUCUCAAGAAGAAGUCCUUGCUCAAUGAGGAGGUGGCACGCAGAGCAGAGCAGCAGUUGGGGCUGACCCCCUACAGCCUACUGUGGAACAACUGCGAACACUUUGUGACCUACUGCAGAUACGGCUCUCCUAUCAGUCCGCAGGCUGAGAAGUUUCACGAGACUGUGAAGAUACUCAUUCGUGAUCAGAGAAGUUGUCUUGCUUCAGCUGUCUUGGGAUUAGUGUCUAUUAUCUACACAGGCCUGGCAUCAUAUAUGACCCUUCCUGCAGUCUGCAUCCCGUUCUGCUUGUGGAUGAUGUCUGGCUAGCUUCCAACCCCCAUGGGAAUGUGUGAAAAUAUGUUUAUAUUUACAGAGCACAAAACAUUAUAAGCAUUGUCGAUAAAAUGUGGCCCACAACACGUUCUAGAUAAAAAGUGAUCGAGAAUCAUGCAAAGUGCUUACCAUGUAAGCCGAACAGAGCCUUUCUGCAUCUUCUCAGGCUGCAGAACACCAGGAGCCCUGGAAGCUUGUCAGUCUGUCAGAGGUCAGCGGCCCCAGAGGAAUGGCACCUGAGGUGAAAGCCACAGGAGAUAAUUCAGGUUAUUCUUUCCUCCUGUAAUCAUUCUGUUGUUAGGCUUAUCAGCUGAGAUCACUAACUUUAUUGUAAUGUAUUCUUAUGUAAUGACCGAUAUUAAAGUGAACAAUUUCCCUCAUUUAGAUGAAUAUAUGUUUGAAAAUUAGCUGAAAGGAAACUAAAGCUCACAUUCCCUUUUGCCUUUCUUUGUAUAAUAAUAUAAUCUUAAGUAUGUCAAGAAUACUAUUUUCAUUAUUUCAUUAUUUCAAGAUCAGUGUUGAAAGAGCUUACUGAAGUGACUGGUCAGAAAGCAUAGGAGUGUAGGAACAGCCACAGUAGCUAUUUAUAUUUACCUUUGAAUAGCCUGAGAUUUUGUUUUCUUCUUUUCUUUCCAUAUGACUGUAUGGCUACUUUCAAAAAGGUGAACAGAAUUAUUAAAAUAAUUCUGGUAUUAGAUAUACACAUGUGCCAAAUGAAUACACCAAUACCUGCACUCACAUAUUGAUAGGUAAACUGUACUUCUGGUUGCUUUAUUAUACUAGUGUCAUUUAUUAAUGAGGAUCUACAAAAAUGAAUAUAAAACCAAAUCCAGUGUCUUUUCCUGUCCCUUGAAUCUCUCUCUCUCUCUCUCUCUCUCUCUCUCUCUCUCUCUCUCUCUCUCUGUCACUGGAUAGUUUUAAAGCUAAAUUUACUAAUAUCCUUUUUUAAAAUACAAGUUACAUGUUUUACAGUUAAUUUUCCACUUUAAGUAUAAUUUAUGACCAUAAGAGAGGUAUGUCACAGCAGUAUAUAAAGCUUAAAUGAAUAGAGCCAAAAAAUAAUUAUUCUGAGAAAGUCACUAAUGCCAAGCAUUGCAGGUGUGUUCACUCACUCUACUAGAUCAGAGGGGAGACCUAUCUUGUUAAAAAGCACACCUUCAAGACUGUCACUAAAAUGACACAGGUUGGAGUUACAUUUCAGGUACUGAACUGUUAUCAAAGGUGGUACAUGGAAUAUCUGUUGUCCUUAGAAGGUUGGAGCAGCAGGUAGAGAGCUCCAAGCCUGUGUGGGCUGGAAGACAAUACUGUCUGUUGUCUGGUAACUGUUAAAAGGUACAAAACAGGCACUGAAGAGAUGACUCAGCACUUAGAGCUAUUGCUACUCUUGAAGAGGACCAGGAUUUAGUUGCCAGCAGCUCCUGGUAGAUCACAGCCUUCUGUAACUCCAAUUUAAAAAGAUUCAACACCCUCUUCUGGCCUUCAUGUGCAUAACAUACAUGGUAGACAAACAUGCAUGCAGGCAAAACACACACACACACACACACACACACACACACACACACACACACACACACACACAAAAUAAAACUUAAAAAAAAUUGAAUCACAGAAUAGCCAAGCAUGUAAUCCCAACCCUUGGAAUGUAGAGGAAGGAAGAUUGGGAGUUCAAGGCAAGGCUGCUUACACAGGGGGUUUAAGAUUUGUUUGCACUGCCCAAAGGGCUUCAAGACCAGCUUGCACUGCAUAGGUAGUUCAAGACUAGUUUUGGCUACAUGAGACCCAGUCUCAAAACAACAGAAGAACCACAGAACAGUGACUCUUCUGUCAGAAAAGAGGAUUUUUUUUUUAGUCAGUGAUCGGGCUAGAACAAACGAAAGUACAGAUUUUAGUUUAGCUGAGGUCUUAUGACCUAGUAUUUUCCUACAACAAAUUUAGUUGGAGUAUAAUGAUAAUUAAUUAAAAUUUGUUUAAUAUUCAAAUUAAAUGUUUAACUGCUUAAGUGUUUUAUAUCAGUAAAACACUGAAUGGAAAAAAUCAAAUAAUACAGGUGUUCUUUGGGCCUGAUUCAACCACUUAAAUUACCUGAAGUAUCUGUGAAUGUGGACAGCCACUGUGUUACUGCCUUUUUCUUUUCACCAUGGGAGUUGUUUAUGUGACUUCAUUAUAACCCACCUCCCACAGACAUCAGUAUUGUAGGUAGUAGAAAAUAGUUUGAAAUUAAAUCUGUGUUCACAGAUAGUGGUUCCUCCUUAUAUACUAUGAGAAUUCUUGGGGUUAGAGUUAACAUAAAUAAUCUUGACUCUCUUCAUAUUAUUAGACCAAGACUCAUUCAUCAUUCAAUGGAUGCUCACUCCAUGCUAAGCAUUGAAGUGCUGCAACUUCAUGCUCUGGUAUUAGUUUUCCUUUUUUUUUUUUUUUUGAGACAGGGUGUCACUCAGUAAAGUAAAUUUACUUAGAAUGAAUUCACUCACAGAGAGUUGUGUGCCUCUGUUUUCCAAGUGCUGGAACUAAAGGUGUGCUCACCACUCCUGGCCUAAAAUUACUUUCUAGCUAGCUAUAACAGCAUGUAUAUAGUGUGGUGGAAAAUACAGAGAAAAGAACAAGUAAUUUCUGCCUCAGGAGUCAGGCAUUUUACGUGACGGAGGCAAUAACAACCAGGAAGCUGACAAACUGUGAGGUAACUUUGUUACAUUGACAUCAUUCUACUGUCCUUGGGAAGCAAGGAAAAGAAGAAAGGUUCUAUUUGUUAAAUGUUACACAACACCAGAAUUGCUGAACUUGUAGAUACGAAAGUCUCUUUUGUUCUUUCCAUUUGAUUCGUUGGUUAACAAGGUAGAAAUAAACAUGUUGGUUAUGGGGAAAAAAAAACUUAGGCCAAUCAUUGCUUUCCUAACCCAUGGUGGCAGGUAAUGAAUUUCUCUAGACUUUAUCAGUCAAAGCUCAUAUUUAUGAUCCAAGUUCACGAUAUUAUAUUAUUUCUAUUCUGUCUUGACAGUGAUAGCUAAGUCAUGGUGUAUUAUAUCUUUUGAUUUGUUCUUUGCAUAGAUGAAGGACAGAGGGCCUCCUGGGUUUAAGAUGACUUAAUGCCAGAGUCAGGGAGUAGGUUGUAUAGGGAAUGGAUGAUAUAUGAGAUGUGGACUGAGAUACAGGGCCUAACAGACAUAGUUGCACUGGAGUUUCAGUGAUUGACAGCUGAAUAGAGCUAACUGAAGGCACACAGAAAGAAGAGACCAAUUUUAGCUGCAGAACCCAAAAUCAGGCAGGGGAUACUGAGACUUAAAUGAUCAGACAGGUUUUGGAUGGGACAUUCCACACAUGGGAACGGCAUGGGGAAUACAUGCAAAUUGCCUAGAACACACACCAUGAAUAGCUGUGAGGUCUUCGAUGUCAGACAAAUGCAAGUGGUUUAGGGGCUGCAGAGGAAGAGUGGUGACUAGACAUGCAGAAACACAAAGCAGUGCUGAGGUGGCCUAAGUCUUCUGUAGAUCAAGAUGUUUGGACUUUAUGGAUAGGCAGUGGAGAACGAGCAUAGAAAGGUAACUUCCAAGAAUAAAGCAGAAGGAUGGAUGGGGUUGAGGUGGGAUAGAGAGACUGGAGAGGUUUAGCUAAGGUCUUUGUUAGAUUUAAGGUCUAGAUCAGUCUUCUCAGUCUCCCUAGUGCAGUUCUUCAUGUCGUGGUGAGCUCCAACCAUAUAAUUAUCUUCAUUGCUACUUCACAACUGUAAUCUUGCUACUAUAAUCUUGCUACUAAUCAUAAUGCAAAUAUCUGAUAUGCAGGAUAUAUAAUAAGUGACCCCUGUGAAAGACUUGUUAGAUGCUCAAAAGGGUCCUGACCCACAGGUAGAGAAUCACCAGUGUAAAUGGUGAGAUGGCUCAGUGAUCACCCAAGUUCAAAUAAGGGUCUGCACUUGCAAGUGUAGAAAGCAGUGUCAAAGAAGUGCCAAGCAACUUGGACCACUUAGAUUUGAUUGGUGAACAACUGUGAUGGAUUGUUAGGGAAUAUCAUGCAUCCUUGCUUUUCCUAAGAAAGAGUUGAUUACUGUAACAUAAAUUAACUUGUCAAGUGUGUAUACACUCCUGAUAGUCAAUUUGCUAGGCAUGCUCCUUCCUAAGGACAUGUAAGGAAGUUUGGAUUGGUUGUUUUAAUUUUUGUCACAAUGUAUUUCUUACUUUUCUGUUUGCUAUUUCAUAUUGUUCAUGUCCAAGACUAAAAGCUGUUUUUCAGGAACACGGAGUUACUGUAAUGGCAAAGUCUUUUGUUAUGGAUGAGAAGCAUCUGAACAGAAUUUUUAUUUUAUAUAAUCUAUCUGGGGUUUCAAUAAACUUAGACUUUUUUUAGUUAAACUAAGUUUAUACACAUGUAUUUUGAAUAAAAGCAGUUCUACAUAUCA